GUGAAUGGGGGGGUUAUAGUUGUUUGAAGUGGGAGGGCCCCGUCAUCUGACUUUACAGACAGCAGCAAAAAGUGGGUGUAGUGCAGCGGUGUAGUGGUCUCUCCUGUGCGAUGUGUCUACAUGACCGUUUUUAAGCACGCGAGCAGCGGUUCACUGUGCUUACGGACGGCCGUUGGAGCGACACUGACCCAGCGGAGCAGCGCUAGCACCCUGCCACCAAGUCGAGACGUGCAGCCAGCGCGGGGAAGCUAGCCCUCAACAACCCCUGGACACAGAGAAGGGAGAGCCGUGUCCGUGAGCCAUGGGCUUCCGCAAGAAAAACAAGAGCCCUCCGGUGCUGAGCCACGAGUUUGUGAUCCAGAAUCACGCCGACAUGGUCUCGUGUUUGGCCAUGAUUAUCCUCCUCGGCCUGAUGUUUGAGGUCACAGCAAAGUUUGCCAUCAUGUUCAUCACAGUCCAGUACAACGUAACACAAGUUCUUGAUGAGAGGAGCGAGCCUGUAAACCUUUACCAGUACGGCCCCAAAGACGUGGCCACUGUGUUCUUCUAUCUGCUCAUUGCGGUCAUUCUUCAUGCCUUGAUACAAGAAUAUAUCCUGGACAAAAUGAACAGGAGGUUGCAUCUGUCAAAAACCAAGCACAGCAAGUUCAACGAGUCGGGACAACUCGCCGUGUUCUACCUGUUCUCCUUCAUCUGGGGCUGCAGCAUCCUAACGGCGGAGGACUUUGCAACAAAUCCUACUUUCUUAUGGGAGGGUUACCCACACACUCACAUGGUUUUUCAGGUCAAGUUCUUCUACAUUUGCCAAAUUGCCUAUUGGCUCCAUGCGCUUCCUGAGCUGUACUUCCAAAAAGUACGGAAGGAAGACAUUCCCCGCCAGCUCUACUACAUUUGCCUUUAUAUCGUCCACAUCACUGGUGCCUAUGUCUUAAAUCUCCACCGACUGGGCCUGGUGUUGUUGGUCCCUCACUACCUGGUGGAGCUCCUGUUCCACGCUUCACGCCUCUUCUACUUCAGUGAUGAGAACAAGCAGAAAGGUUUUACUCUCUGGGCACUACUUUUCGUCAUCGCCCGCCUCCUCACCCUCACACUCUCAGUGCUGACAUUUGGCUUUGGGUUGCCCCGCACAGAAAACCAGGGCUUUUCCCUAACCGAAGGAAACUUUAAUGUGCUCACCAUACGGAUGACUUGUUUGGCAGCUAUCUGCCUGACGCAGGCCUGGAUGAUGUGGAAAUUCAUUAACUUCCAGUUGAAAAAGUGGAGGGAGCACAGCCAAAACCAGGCCUCGAAGAAGAAGACGGUCAGCCCAAAAAGCAAGCCUCACAAGAGAGAAACAACUAGGGGAGGUGCCACCAAUGGAGUUGUGAAGUCCGAGGAGAAAACGUCACCGCGGGCCAGAAAAGCCAAAGCUUCAUAGAAACAACUUGAGUGAGGGAGUUCUGACAAUGUGACAUUCACGUCUUUACACAACUUCAAAAUGUUUCUCUACUGUUCUCCAAAAACAAAUGUUUCAGCGCACUAAGAAACCUUACACACCUACACCUGUCCCUCUUCUGGGGUUGUAACCGUCUUUUUUUGAAAAGUGUUACCGGCCGCUCGAAAUAUUUAUUCCUGAUUUGGGUUCUCUGCGGAUGGGAUGGCGGCAGUGCAGAGAUGGUUUUGAUGCUUUAACAGGAUAGACUUCGCUCUUUCAAAGUGUCCUUUUGUGUAAAAAAACUACGAUCACUCGUCGGGUAUUUUAAACGGAGUUGCUCUUCGGUAAUUUGACGGUCAAAUCAGUUAAUAUCACCGUACCUUAAAAAAGUGAGUUUUGACUUUAGGGCAACUUAAUAUAAAGUGUUAAUGUACAAGGUGUCAUUUUUUUUUUCACAGAACAGACAAGUGGCUCGUUGCCCAAACUAAAGCCGGGUUUCCUCUGCAGCACAGCACUGCGUUAUUCUGCUGCCGUCAGGAAAAAAAGCUCCUGACGUAGUCGCUCCAGAGGAAGACGUGUGCUGUUAUUGGUAUUUGACGUAGCUGUAGCCAGAAAACGGAAGCUCGUCUUUAACUUCUCGAUCAUAUACUGCCAAUUCCAGACAACCUCUGCCUUUGAAAUCCAAUAUUCUAGCGGAUUGAGGCACUUUUGUUCGCUUUUUUUGUUUGUUUUCCUUUCACUAGGCUGGUAACCAGCCUGUCCCAGGACGAACUCGCCAAGAUGAAGCUGUGCUGUAACCUGUGAUGCUCUGCUGCACACACACACACACACACACACACACACACACAGUCCACAGUCUUUUACCAAUGGCAUGAUGGGGAAUCUUGAGCAAGAACCUGUAUUUGAGGCUUCUAUAGAGUAACGUCAAUGCAUGGGGGUCUAAGGCUAACAACUUUACGGCUAGUUCCUCACCUGUGCUGUUGAGUUUGCAUCUCUCUUUCAUGCACACACACACACACACACACACACACAUAUAUAAAUAUACAGCAUACACAAGCAUUCAGUGGCCUUUUAUUAUAACUGCUGCAAGAUUUAUUGAGUUAUUUAUUUUUGUCAUAUAUACUACAGAUAGUUAUUUUAUUAUAUGCUUUGGAAAGCUAUAACCAGCAAACAGCGGUACAUAGCAACUGCAUUUAUUUAAUCCAAAACAAUACAAUCUUUCUUCAAGUGUC